GAAGUGUACGCGUCGAGCCUCUUCCCAACUAACGAAGGCUACGCACUAUGGUACCCCGAGCCACAUGAGUCAGGCGAAGUGCAAAUCGGCGACGUGGGAUACAUUGCCGACGGCGCGUUCAUCCGGCUAUUCAACGUAGCCAAUGACAAGGAGCUGAGGAUCGCCGGAUGGCCCCAAAAGGCGUUCCCCAACCCAGAGCCGCUGUCGAACGACGCCAUGCUGCUCGACGUGCGCGAGAGACCGCUCAUGCCUGGCCCAUAUCGCAGCGAUGGUGUGGUGGAGACCUCAGGGAAUGUCCAUCUCAACGUGACUGGCCCGGGCGGCUCAGGAGGAGGAGUGGACGCCGGCUUUACCUGUCAGCUGAGUCAAGGGGCCGUCCUCAUUCUGAAUUCUGAGGCGAAGAAGGAGGCCAUCCGCGACAACUAUCGUAUUCGCGACUACGUCCUCAGGCACCACGGGACGUGGUGCAACUACGUCCGCGACGACAGGGACGGGCCGCGUUUGGUCGUUUCCCCCGAAAACAUCAUCCUUGUCCGUGGUUGGGUGAAGACGUCGGCAAAUUGGAAGGCCACCACGUUCUGCAACUCGAAGACAAGGGUUCAUGGAUCCGUCGACGUCGAAGCUGGGUCGUACGUGAGCGCGGGUGGCGACUACUCCAAGAGCCGUUCCGUCUCGGGCCUGAAGCUCUCGAGAAAAGGAACAGCCUUUGCUUCGUCGACGCAGGUUGAGGACAUCGGGUCUGAGAACCAGUGUGUCUUCCUCAGCCGGUACAUGAUGAAGUACAGACUGGGCCUCUUUCCAAAGUUGCGUGCGGCAGCAGGAUAUCACCAGCUUCCGGAUGACCGCGACGGCAGAAGCGGCAGCGCA